AGAGUGAAAAGUCAAAACAACAUCGAUGAUCGAUGAAUAAAAGAGACCCAAAGUAGACGUGUCCACAUUUGGAACCAGAUUCUGUAGGCGAGGGGGUGUUAGCGACUCAAAGCCCUGCCACGACAAUCAGUUCCCGCUCUUCAACUCUCCACCCACCCACCGCCGGAAAGUUCUUUAUAAACUCCUACUUUCAUCACCUAUUCCUUGCGGAAUUCUUUGAUUGAAGAGCUAUAAUGGGGAUCAAUGACAAUGAGCGAAAUGAUAGUAAUCCAAUGGUGGUUAUCAAUAAGCUCAAGUUCACCUACCCAGGGAUCGACGGCCAUCCGCCUCCUGGUUCAGUUCCUCUCAUUGAAGAUUUCUCCCUCACUCUCAAUCCCGGUGAUCGUUGUCUUCUUGUCGGAUCUAAUGGCGCUGGAAAAACGACGAUACUGAAGAUACUUGGAGGGAAGCAUAUGGUGGAGCCUGAUAUGGUUAGGGUUCUUGGUAGAUCGGCGUUCCAUGACACCUCUUUGACUUCUUCCGGCGACCUAGCUUAUCUUGGUGGAGAGUGGAGAAGGGAAGUUGCUUUUGCUGGGUUUGAUGUUGCAAUACAAAUGGAUAUUUCUGCUGAGAAAAUGUUAUUUGGAGUAUCAGGGGUUGAUCCUCAAAGAAGAGCUGAACUAAUCAAGGUUUUAGAUAUUGAUCUUUCAUGGAGGAUGCACAAGGUUUCUGAUGGUCAAAGAAGAAGAGUGCAAAUAUGCAUGGGCCUUCUGAAGGAAUUUAAGGUUCUUCUUCUUGAUGAAAUUACGGUUGACCUAGAUGUGCUUGCAAGGGCUGACCUUUUGACUUUCCUAAAAAAGGAAUGUGAAGAGCGUGGUGCUACUAUCAUAUAUGCUACACAUAUAUUUGAUGGACUCGAGAAUUGGCCUUCACACAUUGUUUAUGUUGCCCAAGGGAAGCUACAAUUAGCAUUGCCUAUGGAAGAGGUCAAAAAGAUGAGUAAUUUGUCUCUAAUGAGAACGGUAGAAAAAUGGCUGAGGAAGGAGCGAGAUGAGGAGAGGAAGAGAAGGAAAGAGAGAAAAGCAAAUGGACUGCCAGAAUUCGAUAGGCGUAUUGAUGGGACCCGCGUGGUGAACAAUGGAUGGGCUGCUGGAAGGCUCAAUUCCACUGUUGCUGGUCAAGAAAACUUUGUGUAUAGUUCAAACAGGGUUAUGAGACAAUAAACACCCAAUCGAUUGAAUCUAUUAACAUAAUUCUUUCUUUAGAUGCUAAAUUGAGUAUAUGAUGCGUCAAAGGGUAUAUUUGUUAAGUUCCCUGUGUGAAAUGUAACAAUCAUAUGUGUGUGAGUAAAUUGUAUUCAAAGUAAUGGAUUACAAUAUUUUGAUUCAAUGAAAAGAAUAUAGGCUUUACUAUUAAGUUUUAA